AUGACGAAAUUAUUACAAUCUGCUAUAAAAAUUGCCAAAUCAUUACAUUGUUCUCCCACUAAACUAGCCUUAGUUGUCCGAGCUGAUUUAAAAAUGUCUAAAGGUAAAACUGCUGCCCAAUGUGCUCAUGCUGCUGUAUUAUGUGUUCAAGAAGCUCAAUGCAGUAAGGACACCAACGCUCAGCAAAUUUUAGAAUCGUGGUUGGUUAAAGGGCAACCAAAAAUUGUUUUAAAGGUAGAUGGUGGUUAUGAUGAUCUAAUUAAGUUACAAGAGGAAUCGACACAAUUUGGUGUAAUAUCUGCGUUGGUGCACGAUGCUGGCCGGACACAACUUGCAGUUGGAACCGCUACUGUUCUGGGCAUAGGACCGGAUACAGUAGAGAGGAUUGACAAACUAGUUGGUCAUUUAAAAUUAUUGUAAUAUAAAAACAAAUAAAAUUUUUUAAGUAAUAAAUAACAGUUAACGGAAAUAACAA